CUUCGGAGCGACACGCUUUUUCCUAUCAAAUCUUUGUUUUCGCGCGGAAAUGCGUCGAUUAAAUAUAACGUUAAUAUUUGAGAUGAGACGCUUGCUGAUCAAAUCUUUUCAAACAGCAUCAAACAGGAAGAGGUCAACGGUCGGAGCCGUACGUGUGAUAUGAGGUUGACCGAUAACGCAAUUCAUGUGCGACAUAAUCGUUAAAUAUGUCGUCAUAACUGGAAGACUAUAAAGAGAUAAAAGAAGAAAAAAAUAAAAUCGAUUCAUGUAAACAGAGACAUGUUUACUAAACUGCCACAUAUUGCAUACUUGUCAUCUGGUCACAACACCAUGUAUCGCCUGGGAAAAUUAAAGACAUUACUUCACAGAAAUCGGUUAACCUUGGGCACUCAAGAUUUGCAUCAGUCAGCUUCACAGAUCAACAGAAUCAACAAAAUUCUGAUAGCAAACAGAGGGGAGAUAGCAUGUCGUAUAACCAAAACUGCCAAGAAGCUUGGUGUGAAGACUGUGGCUGUAUACAGCGAUGCAGAUAGAAAUUCCAUGCAUGUGGAGCAAGCUGAUGAAGCUUAUUAUAUUGGUCCUGCUAAUUCUAGUCAGAGUUACUUACGUCAAGACAAAAUCAUAUCAGUGGCGAAAAAAGCCAAGUGCCAAGCUGUACAUCCUGGUUAUGGAUUUCUGUCAGAAAAUACAGAGUUUGCAGAAUUGUGUCAGAAAGAAAAUAUUGUAUUUAUUGGUCCGCCAGCUAGUGCCAUCAGAGACAUGGGUAUAAAGAAUACUUCAAAAACUAUUAUGACAAAAGCUGGAGUCCCCAUCAUAGAAGGCUAUCACGGAGAAGAUCAAACAAAUGAAACAUUACUGACAGAAGCCCGAAAAAUUGGCUUUCCGUUGAUGAUCAAAGCGGUGCGUGGUGGCGGUGGAAAAGGUAUGAGAAUUGCUCUGACAGAAUCUGACUUCGCAGAAGCACUCGAAUCCGCAAGAACGGAGUCUGAAAAAGCAUUCGGAGAUUCAGCAGUGCUUUUAGAAAAAUAUAUCGCCGAACCUAGACACGUGGAGGUUCAGAUUUUUGCUGACAAGUACGAAAAUGUUGUUUAUCUGUUCGAAAGAGACUGUUCUGUACAAAGGAGACAUCAAAAAGUGAUCGAAGAAGCGCCUGCCCCUGGCAUCUCUCAGAAGCUCAGAAAGGAAUUGGGUGAAGCAGCGAUACGCGCUGCCAAGGCUGUGGGAUACGUGGGUGCUGGAACAGUAGAGUUUAUAAUGGAUCGAAAUAAUCACAGUUUUCAUUUUAUGGAGAUGAAUACGCGUCUACAGGUGGAACAUCCAGUUACUGAAGCGAUUACCGGAUUGGAUCUGGUCGAAUGGCAACUGAGAGUGGCAAGUGGAGAAGAACUUCCUCUCAAACAAGAACAGAUUACUCUCAAAGGUCACGCGUUUGAAGCCAGAAUUUAUGCAGAGAAUCCAAGAAACGGAUUCUUACCAGGAGCCGGUCAACUUUUGUACUUGAAGCAUCCUGAAGCAGCGGAUAAUGUCAGAGUCGAGACUGGAGUGCGACAAAACGACGAGGUGUCCGUGCAUUAUGAUCCAAUGAUAGCGAAAUUGGUGGUCUGGGGAAAAGACAGGCGCGAAGCUCUUGAUAUACUUCGAUCAAAACUUAGCGAAUAUAAUAUAGCUGGCCUAGAUACAAAUAUAGAAUUUAUUAAAACCCUCUGUGUUCAUUCAAAAUUUGUAAACGGCGAGGUACACACGGGAUUCAUUGAGGAAAACUUCGAAGAGCUAUUUCCUAAGUUACAAAUAUCUAACGACGUACUGAUUCAAGGUGCUCUCGCUACAAUACUGCAUGACAAUGCGAAUUCAUUAAGUAUGUCUUUAGAAACGAAAGAUCCCUUUAGUCCGUUCGCUGUGGAAAUUGGACUUAGACUUAAUCAUGUGUUGAAGCACACGUUUAAUUUCAAUGUCGGAAAGGAAAGUCACAUAGUAGAAACGAAGUUCGCUGAACCGGAUGUAUAUCUGAUGAGAGUCAAUAGAUUGGGACCCUGGAGGAAAGUGAGCGGGACUUUGAAGAAAACAAACGACGACGCGUUAGAACUUGCUACGGAAAUUGAUGGAGUUAUCAUUAAAUCGCGAAUAGUAAAACUUAACAAUAACUUACACAUAUUUACCAAGAACCGUGAAUGGCAAUUGGUUCUUCCCGCACCAAAAUUCAUGAGUUUAUCUUUAAAUCAAGCAGAGCAAAAUCCAUGCGCAGCAUUGAGCCCGAUGCCCGGACUAGUCGACAAGAUCUUUGUCAAUAAAGGGGAUGUAGUAAAAAAAGGCGACUCGUUGCUUGUUAUUGUCGCUAUGAAAAUGGAGCAUAUUAUUAAAGCGUCUGUCGAUGGAAUUGUUGAGGACGUAUUGUGCUGUAAAGGUGAUAAUGUUGCCAAAAAUAAGCUUCUUGUUAAAUUAACAGAAGCUAAAAUAUAAUAUGUGCA